GAGAGAGAGAGAGAGAGAGUGGAGAGGGAGAGAGAGAGGGAACUGGAAGAAGCUGAACCAGCCUGGUGAACUGAUGACCCGGCGAUCACAGCAGUCAAACAGAGCAGAGAGAGACACUAUUCAUUGAGCCCCCUCCCCACACACACAGUGUCAGAACCAGGGGAGGACACAGAGAGAGACAGAGACACGGACGUGGAUCCUGUGGCACGAGAGAGACACAGACCCCACCACAGCUGCCGUCAGAAGGACACACAACUCAACGGCGCUACACCAACUGUGACCAACAUCCAAGCCCUGGACUUGGGGAGAGGGCGAGCGAGCACUAGAAGACACGAAAGGGAGAGGGAAUUGAGAGAGAGAGAGCUAGAGAGAGUGAGAGAGGGAGAGAGAGGGAAGAGAGAGCGCUAGAGAGAAAAAGAGAGAGAGAGAGAAGGAGAGAGAGAGAGAGAGGCACUCACAGAGUGGACGCCUUCAAAUGAGAAUUCAAGUACUCAGAACGAGGGAGAUGUUUAGAGGUAACAGUAACUAACAGAAAACUGAAUUCAAUAAAAAAAACCUCUUCUCUCGCUUGGAUCUGGCUGUAGGAGUUCAACGGACCAGAGCAGGAACAAACCAAAAGAAACCAAAAGAGAAAAAGACAACUGUGACCCGGUCGUCGUGAGAACAGAGAACGGUUUGACCGAAGGAGACGCAGGAUGGCCAACUCGGGGCUCCAGCUACUGGGCUACUUCUUGGCGCUGGGCGGAUGGAUAGGGAUCAUCUCCACCACGGUGCUGCCCCAGUGGAAGCAGUCGUCGUAUGCAGGCGACGCCAUCAUCACGGCCGUGGGGCUGUACGAGGGGCUGUGGAUGAGCUGUGCCUCCCAGAGCACGGGGCAGGUGCAGUGCAAGAUCUUCGACUCCAUGCUCUCCCUGGACAUCCACAUCCAGACGUGCCGGGCCCUGAUGGUGGUGGCGGUGCUGCUGGGCUUCAUCAGUAUCAUCGUCAGCGUGGUGGGCAUGAAGUGCACCAAGGUGGGCGACAACAACCCCGCCACCAAGACCCGCAUCGCCGUCUGCGGAGGGGCCCUCUUCGUGCUGGCAGGUGUGUGCACGCUGGUGUCAGUGUCCUGGUACGCCACUCAGGUUUCCUACCAGUUCUUCAACCCAAAUACGCCGCUCAAUGCCAGGUAUGAGUUUGGCUCCGCCCUCUUCGUGGGCUGGGCAGCGGCCAGUCUUACGGUACUGGGCGGGGGCUUCCUGUGCUGCUCCUGCUCCAGUGAGGACAGGCGAGGGCAGCAGUACUACCGCCAAUCACAGCCUUCAACAGCCAGGGAGGCAGAGUUGUUGAGUGAAACUAGUUUCCCCGACUGAUUCGCCCUCUCCCCUCGCCUUCUUAUCGAAGGACUGUCUGCAUUCCCACUGCCGCACUCCCAAUACAACUCCAUCCACCCCACCUUCUGUCUCCAUCCUAGAACCCCCCCACCCAAAUACGUGACCCGUGCCCACCCCUCCUUCUCCCACAACAGUGUACUGUAUAGGGGCCAUGUUAUCUUUCCUUCUCACAAGUUUGUCUCCAGCUACUUCCCGAAAAAGAAAAAAAACACCCCAAAGUCAUUUCAAUGUCUCUCCCCUCUUACGUGUUGCUCCCCCCCCCCCCCCCCCCCCCUCUGUAAAUAUGGAUCCUUAAUAUUUAUACAGCUUUUAUUUUGAAAGAUAAAUAGAAGCCGGCUUUUCCUUCCUUCACCUCAACCAAUGGACUCACUGCACUGUGAGGCUCCAUGUUUCACCCUUGACCCUCCAUCAUUUACUGAACUUUACUUAUCUCCACUAAAGAGCUGUUCUCCAUCCACUUGUGAUUUCACAUGUAUCCUAUGACUUCUGGGUACCUGUUCUGAUUUGAUGUUUUGUUGAGGUUCUCUCUGUUCUAAGCGGAUGUGUCUCGCUGUACAGUGACUGAAACCUGUUUCUUUUUUCCCCUUUUCUGAAUUGCAGAGCAAAUGUAAAAAGUUCCCCGCCAGAGAAAAGGGAGCAGUACUUGUAGUUUGGGAGAGACUUCUGGCCUUACCAUGUUUUAUAGAUUGUGGCAAGAUAAAGAAAACGGUCUUACUGAGAAACGCCCAAACACACAAGCGGACAAACAAUUUGAACCGGCUCCAGAUGAGGUUUAACCAGCAGCACUCCCUACGCCCCAUACCGCUAAACUAUUCCACAGUCGUCCCCCCAAAAAAAACAUAGAAAGUAAACAUGUUGUACUUACUCUGAGAGCCAUUCUGAAAGAGAAAUGCCUUUCUUUUUGUUUUGCCUUGUCUGUUUUGUUGUCUUCAGGACGGACAUUCAUUCAGGGUCUUUUUCUAAACAAAUGUUAAAAUGCCCAGGUGUAUAUCGCACCUGUUAUACUCUUUACUCUUUUUUUUUUACUACAUAUAUAAUGUUUUACUACUGUGCCUUAUAACAAGUGUUUGUGCACAACUCUUUGUGACUACAUGGUCACCCAAACCCGACGCAUCUGGAGGUGUUGUUUGUCAGUUGCUCCUCUGCAAGUCGUCAUUUAUUUCUUUAUUUAAAAAUCUACCGAAAGACACACAAUAACCAUGUUAUCGGCAUGUCACGGUGGACUUUAUUGUGUAGCUAAUCUACCACGUAUAUACACACACACAACAAAGCGAUACCGACGCCACAAUGUGCAGAGAGAAAAGGGGCUUGGUUUUAUGUGUAGUCUUUUUUUUGUGUCACCUGGAUUGAGGAUAUGACCAACACAGCUUUUUGUGUAUUUUCUUUCUUUUUAAUGUUUGGUUUUGUUGUUCAAGUGCCAAUUAGUAUUUUUUUGUAUGAGUGCGCCCUUUGUUUGGUGGUGAUGACUUUAGAGACCGUACUGUACGGUGUGCUCCCAGCCUCCCGCGCCACCGGCCACCAGACCUGUACUGAAGGAACGCCUUGUUUUCUGCUGAGUGGAAUUGGGUCCAGUAUCCCCCCCUCCUCUUUCUGAUGUCUUCAUUUUAAUUACCAAUGUGAUUGUUCUCCCUGUCUAAUACUUAGCUCCUCCUACCCCGUUUGUGUAUAUGAACUCAUUUACAAUGUAGCCAUUAUUGUCUGUUUCUUUUAGAAUGAAGUAAACAGGGGAAUAAAAAAAGGAAAUAAAACUGCGA